CACGCCAUUGGCUUUAAUGUAUUCGUCCUCAGUUGUACAACGCCCGCAGAUCCGCCAUUUCUUCAUGAGCUGCGGCGACAAAGAAAGGCAAUUAAAGCCGGACUCCAACAUCCAUCCAUCCAUUCACCCUUCCACACAUUCAUCCAUCACUACCCACCGCGUCUCUCGAUCACCUCCUGCUGAGGGUGCAGCAGUGAGGAGAGGAGGAGACGGUCAGCUUCCAGAGUGUGGACUCUGUGGUCCUCUAGGGGCGGAGCCAGUUGCCAGUUGGAUAGUACGCUGCGAAGAGAGGGCGCCGCGCAGUGAAGUGCCGGCCCAAAAUGGUGUAGGAGAGUCAGUCUGUUCUGGCAUAGCUUGGAUGAGGGAACUGCAGCGGAGGUGGAGGAGAGACAGCAGAGACAAAGUCAACCACAUGACCAGACGCAGAACGCCUCUAAACCUGUGAUGUUCCCCUCCAGCAGGGAUCACCUUGUCCCCAUCGUCUCCCUCUCCAUCACUCCUGCUCAUCCUCUCUUGUGCCGCAGAGAAACCUCCUGAGUCGUGAGAGCUCGCUGUCUGCUGCUCCUCCUGCUCCAGUUCAACACCAUGAAGAGGCCCAAGCAGCAGACGGGGCCACUGAGCUUCCUCAACUUCUUCACCAGGAAGCCCAAAUCGGAGCCCAGGCCCGAGAGACCCGUGGAAGCCUGCCCCAAAGAGGAGGUGGCCAUCACUCUGACUCCCAGCGAAAACCCAGUGCAGGACAUCAACCUCACAGCAGAGGAAGGUGGAGAAUCCACAGCUUCUAGAGCAGAAAGAGAAGGAGAAGCAGCAGCCCAGGGAGCUGAAGACGGAGCCGCCACGGCUGAGUGCGUGGUCGAGGUCAGCAGGGGCUCCACUGGCGUCCUGUCACUCUCCUCCUCCAGUCAGGAGCAGCUGCUGGACGAACAUCUGGAGGAGUGUCCACUGUGCCUGCUCAGUCAACCACGCUGUCACUUUCCACGUCUCACCUCCUGUUCCCAUCGAUCCUGCUCCGACUGCCUCCGCCAGUACCUGCGCAUUGAGAUAUCAGAGAGUCGCGUGGGCAUCGCGUGCCCGCAAUGCCCAGAGACUCUGGCCCCUCUAGAUGUCCGCGCCAUACUGGAUGACCAGGCGUUGCUGGAGCGGUUUGAGGAGUACCACUUGAGACGAUUUCUCGCCGCUGAUCCAGAUACUCGCUGGUGCCCUGCACCAGACUGCAGUUAUGCAGUGAUAGCUUAUGGCUGCGCCGAGUGUCCAAAGCUGAGCUGCGGACGAGAGGGAUGCGACACCGAGUUCUGCUACCACUGCAGACAGCUGUGGCACCCCAACCAGACGUGUGACCAGGCACGGCGUCAGAGAGCACGCCACACAUCAGGUGGCAACGAUUCCUCCACACUGUAUGUCUUCAAUGAAGAACAUGGUGGAGAUGCAGAGGAGAUCAAGCCGUGCCCUCGCUGCGGCGCCUACAUCAUGAAGACCAACGACGGCAGCUGUAACCGAAUGAACUGCACAGUUUGUGCCUGUCAGUUCUGCUGGCUGUGUAUGCAGGAGAUCACGGACGUGCACUACCUCAGUCCUUCAGGAUGUACAUUUUGGGGGAAGAAGCCAUGGUCACAGACCCGUAAGGUUCUGUGGCAGGUGGGCAUGUUGCUCGGAGCGCCUGUGGUCAUUUCCCUUAUAGCGGGCAUCGCCAUCCCAGUCAUUAUUGUGGGAAUACCAAUCUACAUGGGGCGAAAGGUCCAUGGUCGUUGUAAGAAAAACAAUAUCUCAGGAAGCAAGCAUUACUUGACUGUGGCCAGCGGAGUGAUGAUGUCAGUGUUUGUGUCUCCAGUCAUAGCAGCCGUCACUGUGGGUGUUGGCGUUCCACUCAUGCUGACAUACGUCUAUGGAGUUGUCCCCAUGUCUCUCUGUAGGAAUGGUUGGUGUCGACCGCAGGGCGAACCGCCUGAAAUGCAGAAAAUCCAACUGGAGGACUUAGCCAGCUAUCUUCUAUUCUCUCAUGUAGUCAGUGAUCACUGGACGGGUCAGAACAACCAAGCCCUCAGUGACACCAGUGUCCAGGAAGUUAGGGUCAGUAUACAGGAAGUGGGUGUCCUCCCGAGUACCAGCAACACUCCCCCAGAGCUAGAUAGCUAUGUGAGGGUGGAUGAAGCCAAACGACUCCAGGAAUAUUCCCAACAGGACACUCCACUGGACUGCGAGGUGGCUAUUAUUCCUGAUAGCCAAGUCAGUGACUCACAGACCCUUCCCUCCAGAGAUGGAACUAAUAUAGAAGUCAAAGUGGAAAUUGAGACCCAUCCCAGGGGCGCCCGCCAGUCCAGCCUAAGUAGCAUCUUGUCUAGUCGAAGCCUAUCAGCAGAGUCGCUGGGACACUCGAAGGCCCAGUCCCAAGACCAUUUGUGUGCCUCAGAAGAAAGAAAAGACAGGGGAGGAGAGAAACAAGAUGAUGAAGGAGCUGGUGGAGGAGAAGGGACACCGGUUUUUGAAAAAGACGAUGUAUAAGGUCCACGGAGACAGGCUAUGUACUUUGUUAAAAUGGAAAUAAUCACUUAUAUCCCACUGGACUGACCUGAAAACAUUGGCCAAGUUUCCUCCUGCUUCCUCCACGGGCCCUCCCACCAGAUGCCUUCUAGCUACAGCCUGUAAGGAAGAUGCGGGUUUAGAAAGAGCAAAUGUAAAAGAUGAGUUUGUGUGUGUGUGUGUGUGUGUGUGUGUGUUUGUGUGAGACUAAAAGCAUGAGAUCUAUAAACAGGAGGGCUGCAGACUGUAAUGAGGCAGGAUAGAACCCAUCAGGGAAUCUAGAAGAGAGGGGACUGACAGCCUGUUAGCUACAUCACCCCUCUCUGAUCCUUCCUGAAUAGAGACUACCUUAUUCCUCUCUCUAAUAUAAAAUUAUUUUAUCAGGCCCAUUAUUCUUCUGACUGUACUCUUGAGCUUACUUUAUUGACCCUUCUCCCCUACUGCCCAAUAAAGAACCCCCCACUAGCAUGAUUUGUUUUAUGAGGUGACACAGCUAACAAUUGUUUCGUUGAAAACAAAUAAAAAAAAAAUCACUUCUGAAGCCAUGCUGCAAGACAUGUAGAUUUUUGUUUUUCAUGUUGACUACCAGGCUUUUAGGAUGCUGUGUUGAUCAAACAGUUGUCAACUGCUGCACUGCACGGUUUGGCUCUGGCAUCUGGAAGCUUUUUACCUUUUGUCUACCUGAUGCAAUGUUCUGUGUCAAUGUAAUACACAUUUAAAGGAAUGGUUUGAUGGCCUAUUAGAUGUGGGAGUGUGUCUGGAAGUUUCCAUAAUUGUGUCCAAAUAAUGCUGAAUUAAAUGCAGGUAUUUGUGGUACAGACAAGAUGGAAGCCAGUCAGUGCUGUGAUGGAACAAUACAAACACUAUUUCAAAAAUGCGGUCUGUUUUAUUUAUAAUUAAAUAUACUCUCACCUUUUUACAAAGUUAACCCCUUUCAUAAUUCUUUACAUGUUGUAUUUACAGAUUCUAAUUGUUUCAGUUUUGACAGACUAGUCCAUCUAAUCCAAUGUAAGCAGCUCACAUAAAAUAAAGGGCCUUUAAAGACUGUUGGCAGGCCAAAUAAACACGCAUCUUAAAACUCCUGCUUUUGUAAAUUAUUCAGAAAAGGGCCUUCAUCAAUCAGUUCAUCAAUGUUAUUCUUAUCUUAAUUUGUGAGUCUGUAGAGGGAGUGCACUUCUGUCUGGUCUGCAGUACUUGCUGCACAUCCUGACUAAACUCACACACACAUACAUGCACAUACAUACAUCUGUAUGCACAGAAGAGCCUCUUACAUAUUAACAUCACCUAAAUUCCAUCAUCAGCAUGACAUUUCAGGUUAAUAACCUCCUCCUUUAUGAAUCAUGGGAAUUAUAUGUCUAUGAAUUCCCUGCUUUGCUUCCUGAGUGUCAAAGAUUUACUCAGAGUUGACAUGAUUAACCAGUGCUGGGAAAUGGAUGGAAAUUUAAUAAAGAUU